GAUGCACUAUUGUAAAGUGGCUGCUCCACUGGAUGUCAGAAGGUGAAUUCACCAAUUUGUAAGUCGCUCUGGAUAAGAGCGUCUGCUAAAUUACUUAAAUGUUAAUGUUAAAUGUUUGGUUCUGCUAUUAGAUGAAGCACAGGGAUAACAAAAUAUAUUGUAUAAAUAAAUAAAAUAUCUGACAUUGUAUUCCCAUUUGAACUUUUCUGUAUUUCUAAAUGAUUGAAAGAGCAGUGAUAAACAUUUGGCUGACAACUAAAUCGACAAGUACACAUUGUUUUUCUAUUGGAAUUUGGUUGUGCAUUUAGAUGGUUGAAUCCAUAGCAAUAACUCAUUGAAAAUCCAGCUAACUUUUGCCUGUCUUUUUGAGUUGGUUGUCGUCUCAAUGUCUCAACCAAAUAUGACCCAAUAAUCUACGUUGAAAUGAUGUGGUGUGUCCAGCGGGUACUUUCAAUACUUCUUCUUUCUUUAACUUUAAAACGCAUUUUGUCACUUUACGUUCCAUCGAUUUAGUCCCUCCCUGCCACGUUCUAUCCCUGAAAAACAAAAAACCUUUAAGAUAAGUGACAAAAUCAGAACAGAGACCUGAAGGAAGAGUGACAACAUGAAUUUCUCAGAGGAGUACUUGGAGGAUUAUUAUGACAUGUUCAUUCAAACUGACCAAUCAGAGCAGCUAAAUCAGUCCAUACGGGUGGUGUCCAUAGUCAUCUACAGCAUAACCUGUGUCCUUGGUAUCCCAGGAAACUCAUUUGUCAUCUGGAUAGCUGGAGUGAAGAUGAAGAGGACAGUCAACACUGUCUGGUUUGUAAACCUGGCUGUAGCAGACCUCCUCUGCUGUAUCUCCAUACCCUUCUCAUUAGUUGAAAUCAUAUUGAACCAACACUGGCCAUUCGGAGAGGCUAUGUGUAAGGUUAUCCCCUCUGUCAUGUAUCUCAACAUGUUUGCCAGCGUCUUCACCCUGGUUCUCAUCAGCCUGGACCGAUUUGUCCUGAUCAUCCUGCCUGUCUUGGCCCAGAACCACCGGAGCAUCACCCUGGCCUGGUUGCUGUGUGGUCUGGCCUGGGUCCUGGCCUUGCUCCUCAGUCUCCCCACCAUGAUUCAUAAUGGGACCAUCGAUAGUGUCGACAAUGACGAAAUCAUUAUGUGCACCUCUGUACACCCCCUUGGCGAAAACAACAUUAGGGGCUUCUUUUCUGCCAUCAAAGCCACCCAUGUUCCCAGGCUGGUCCUCGGUUUCCUCGUUCCCCUGACAGUCAUCGCUGUCUGCUACCUGCUCAUCGGCAGGAAGGUGAGCAGCGCUCACUUCAAGUCUCAGAGGACCUUCUGGCUCAUUCUGGCUGUGGUGGCAGCAUUCUUUGUGUGCUGGCUGCCGUAUCACACCAUAGGUAUGGUGAUUGGGUAUGGUAGGUUUGCCUCGGCAGAUGAAGCCUGGAAUUGGUACCCCCUUGCCAUCUCUCUGGCCUAUGUCAACAGCUGCCUCAACCCUGUCCUGUAUGUGUUUAUGGGCCAGGACUUCAAGGAGAGGGUCAGGGUCUCUUUUCGUAAAAUAUUUGAGAAUGUCUUCAGUGAGGAUGCCAUAACACACACAUCUGUGACUCAUGUCUGAGUCCAAAAUAUCUGAUAACUCUCCUGGGUCGUAUUCAUAAAACAGCAUACUUAAGUUAUAGAUAAUGCUAAGAGUGGCUACUUUGGGUGGCUACUUUGAAGAAUCUCAAAUAUAAAAUAUAUUUGUUUAACACUUUUUUGGUUACUACAUGAUUCCAUAUGUGUUAUUUCAUAGUUUUGAUGUCUUCACUAUUAUUCUACAAUAUAGAAAAUAGUAAAAAAGAAAGAAAAAAAACCCCUUGAAUGAGCAGGUGUGUCCAAACCUUUGACUGGAACGGUAUAUUCUUUAUUAUUGGUGUGUAGAAAAGGAACUGGGAGCCAGUGUCUAGAUUACUCUAAUCAAGGCAUUCCAAGUAAAAAAAAACAUUUUUUAUAGCCAUCCACCACUUACACAUUCCUCUCAUGCUUACUGUAAUAUCUGUCAUUUAAAAAAAUAAACAGUCUGAAGAUCAACUGACUGGUUGGCAUAGAUGUUCUCCAUUAAAGCCACAUAGUGGUUCUAUAGAGCAAUGAUAAGCAUCACACUAACCCCAUAUGAUAAACUCAUCUAUAUGAUGAUAGAGAAGUCACUGUGUAACUGAAUAAAUAUUGAAGUGUUGUGACAACAGCUUGAGUUCAUUUAUAUGUCAGAAAAUCUGAUCACUCUCGCUGACAGCUUCAUUUUCUCAAAGUUAUCUCCUGGUAUGUGAUGACUGUCAUAUUGGGUAGAUUUGAGUUUUGUUUGGAUAAGAGGAGUCAAAUAUUAUCUGAUCCCCUGCUUGGAAAUGGAAAUGUACAUUUGAACUUAAAGGAGCAAACAGCAUUUGCUACAUCAUUUGCUACAUUGUAUUUACUUUGCCACCAUGGCCUUUUUUUGCCUUUACCUCCCUUUUCUCACCUCAUUUGCUCACAUCGUAUAUAGACUUGUUUAUACUGUAUUAUUGACUGUAUGUUUGUUUUACUCCAUGUGUAACGCUGUGUCGUUGUAUGUGUCGUUGUAUGUGUCGAACUGCUUUGCUUUAUCCUGGCCAGGUCUCAAUUGUAAAUGAGAACUUGUUCUCAACUUGCCUACCUGGUUAAAUAAAGGUGAAAAAAUAAAAAUAAAAAUACAUU